CUAAUAAGUACUACUACUUGUGCUAUGGCGACCACUUUCAAGUCAAUUCAUCCAUUAUGAAGCACAGUCUAUUGGCGAUCUUUGUGUUUGCAACACUACUGUGUGGCACAUGGGCUACCCUUAGUGGCAAGGCUAUUCUCAAGGAAAAGGAUAUGAUGAGGAAAAUUGUAUUCGACAAGAAGACACCAGAUGUAUUUUAUUGUCCCAUACAGAAGCCGUCGUCGAUGAGCAAAAUUAUUGUCACAGCACGGCCCCUGCACAAGUUGUGCGAAUAUGAGGGAAACCCAUUGCCAGCCGAAUAUAAGUCGGACUGCUAUCUGGAUAUUGAUGAGUCCGAUUAUGCAUGCAAGGAGAAAUACAGAAUUAUGAUGCGUAAAUUUCCACCAGGCAGCGAAGAACCAUUCAACGGCGCCCGACUAAAGCGAUUCAUGAAUUAUGAUAAGGAAUUCAACUAAUGCUCUGGAAUUCCUCACUUAUGUAGCUGUGAGGUAUUGAACUCUGUUGAACUUAUUUUAGAAAUAAAUAUGUUUUUCAAAUUGUGCGACCCCAUUAA